ACACAUUUUGUCGCCACUGCCCAGACUUUGACUAACCUUGUGAGCGCCGGGUUUUCGGUACUGCAGCCUCCUCAAAUUUUAGCACUGCCUCCCCGCGACUGCCCUGUCCCUGGCCGCCGAGGUCCUGCCCUCACCCCGGCGGAGCGCGAGCCGGAGGGCGCAGUAGAGUCUGGGGCCUGGGGCCCUCGCUGAGCAGCUAUGGCUGCGGCGAUAGCCAGCUCCUUGAUCCGACAGAAGCGGCAGGCGAGGGAGUCCAACAGCGACCGAGUGUCGGCCUCCAAGCGCCGCUCCAGCCCCAGCAAAGACGGGCGCUCCCUGUGCGAGAGGCACGUCCUCGGGGUGUUCAGCAAAGUGCGCUUCUGCAGCGGCCGCAAGAGGCCGGUGAGGCGGAGACCAGAACCCCAGCUGAAAGGGAUUGUGACAAGGUUAUUCAGCCAGCAGGGAUAUUUCCUGCAGAUGCACCCAGAUGGCACCAUUGAUGGGACCAAGGACGAAAACAGCGACUACACUCUCUUCAAUCUAAUUCCCGUGGGCCUGCGUGUAGUGGCCAUCCAAGGAGUGAAGGCUAGCCUCUAUGUGGCCAUGAAUGGUGAAGGCUAUCUCUACAGUUCAGAUGUUUUCACUCCAGAAUGCAAAUUCAAGGAAUCUGUGUUUGAAAACUACUAUGUGAUCUAUUCUUCCACACUGUACCGCCAGCAAGAAUCAGGCCGAGCUUGGUUUCUGGGACUCAAUAAAGAAGGUCAAAUUAUGAAGGGGAACAGAGUGAAGAAAACCAAGCCCUCAUCACAUUUUGUACCGAAACCUAUUGAAGUGUGUAUGUACAGAGAACCAUCACUACAUGAAAUUGGAGAAAAACAAGGACGUUCAAGGAAAAGUUCUGGAACACCAACCAUGAAUGGAGGCAAAGUUGUGAAUCAAGAUUCAACAUAGCUGAGAACUCUCCCCUGCUUCCCUCUCUCAUCCCUUCCCCUUCUCUUCCUUCCCAUUUAUCCAUUUCCUUCCAGUAAAUCCACCCAAGGAGAGGAAAAUAAAAUGACAACGCAAGACCUAGUGGCUAAGAUUCUGCACUCAAAAUCUUCCUUUGUGUAGGACAAGAAAAUUGAACCAAAGCUUGCUUGUUGCAAUGUGGUAGAAAUUCACACGCACAAAGUGUAACACACUUAAAAGCAAAGGAAAAAAUAAAAUCAGAACUCCACAAACAUUAAAUUAAACUGUAUUGUUAUGCAUAGAAGGCUAAUUGUAAUGAAGACAUUAAUAAAGAUGAAAUAAAGUUAUUACUUUAAAGGCAAGGGUUUUGGAGAACUGAACUCACAAACUAAUGUUAUAUACUAAAUAGCUUAAACUCAUGAUAAUGCUGCGAUGUGUGGUUUUGCUUGAUUUUGUAUUUUAUUUGGGCAUCUGGAAUUGACACACCAUUACAUUCUGUUUGCAGGACUUUUUUGUAACCAUGAGAUUGAACAUUUCCAAAUUAUAAACUAUUCUAAUACCUAUAAAAUAUAUAGCCAGGAACCAUUUAUCAUCAAGAAAAGAGUAAGAAAUUAUUUUUGAGAUGUAAUUUAAGAUUGUCUUAUGUAAAAGGAAAGUCUUGUAUUGAAUCGAAUAGCCUUAAUGAAUUUAAUUAUUUCGUAAAAAUAAUUUCAAAUUAUCCUAGAGUAUAAUAUUUUUAUCAAAGAUAUUAUUUCAGAAGUUUUUUGUUUUUUGGUUUUUGGUUUUUGGUUUUUUUCAGUAAUUUAGGAAAAAAGUUACUGUUCUAAUGCUGAAGUGACUUUUGGGAAUUCUUUGCCAGUGCCAUGUCUAGGUGGUAAGGUAUAAGUUACUUGCUCUUAGCAUUUGGUCUGAUUUUUUGCUUUGUGGACACCUUUGAGUAUAAGUGCAUGUUUUAGAAAGCUUUGUAUCCUGUCUUGCAGCAGGAAAGAAAGAAGAGGGGUUUUACAUAAGGAAAUAAGUCCUAGGAAAUUAGUCAAUGCAAAUUGCAUUUGCCUUUGUACCUUACCACAGUCUUAUAUUGUUUUUUAAACUCUGCCAUGAAAUUUGGAGACAUGACUGUGAAAUUCCUAACUUACUAUCUUAUGAAGCAAGUAGCUAAUUUGUUGCUAUAUAUAUAGAUAUAUACACACGCACACACACACACAUACACAUAUAUCCUCAUUUACAAGUCCAGUUUGCAAUUCGUUUGUUUCCUAGAACACAGAAAGGUACCAGUAAUACACUAAAUUUUCAAGGGGUGUAGAGAAAUAAUAUGGAAUUAGCAGCUAUGACUCCAACAGACAGGAUUGUGUGAGCAACUUAAAGUAGCAAAAAAGAACUCAGUGUAAAAGAAGGCACAUACAUAGUUAAGAAUACUAAAGUAUUUUUAAAAAUCAAGGAAGCAAUAAAUGUUAUAUAAUUUGCAUUGGAAUAAAUAGAUCUAUUUAGUCCUACAAAUCAGGAGUGGUGUAGAGACAUCCAAAUUUAAA